AUGUCUACGGUUGCUUGUACAGGCCCGAUCGCGCCGCCAAUUGAGUUCGGUAGUUCUGAGUUGAUGAAUUUGGAACUGAAGGAUGGCACUGUAUUGCAGGGCUAUUCUUUUGGUGCUCAUGUUCCUGCUGCUGGUGAAUUGGUUUUCCAAACGGGUAUGGUUGGGUAUCCCGAAUCCCUUACAGAUCCUUCUUAUGAGGGCCAAAUCUUGGUCAUCACGUAUCCUUUGGUUGGGAAUUAUGGUGUGCCGGACCGUGAACUUAGAGAUGAGCUGGUGGAGGCUUUGCCUCGUUAUUUUGAAUCAAAUAGGAUCCAUGUUGCUGGUCUCGUUGUGGCACAUUACACUGAGGAGUUCUCACAUUGGUUAGCGAAAUCGUCCCUGGGUGACUGGUUACGUGAGGAAGGCGUGCCAGCGGUUUAUGGAGUUGAUACAAGAGCCUUGACCAAACGCUUGAGAGAUUCUGGUUCUAUGUUAGGUCGUUUAGCUUGUCAAAAGCCAAACACGGAUUCUUUAUUGGCUAUGUCUUCCCAAUGGAAGACGUGCUUCAAUGUUCCAGAAUGGGUUGAUCCAAAUGUUGAAAACCUGGUAGCUCAGGUUUCAUUGACCACUCCGCAAUUAUAUUGCCCAAGUGAGUCUGCUGCUGUGAGGGGACCAGAUGGUAGGCCAUUAAGAAUUCUGGCUAUUGAUGUGGGUAUGAAGUUUAAUCAGGUGCGUUGUUUUAUGAAAAGAGGCGUUGAGCUGAUGGUUGUGCCAUGGAAUCACGAUUUUACCCAAGAAGACUACGAUGGUUUGUUUAUAUCAAAUGGGCCUGGUGAUCCCUCUGUUUUAACUGAACUUUCUGAAAAGCUGUCACAUGUUUUGGAAUCUAAAAAAACACCAGUAUUUGGUAUUUGUUUGGGUCAUCAAUUACUUGCAAGAGCAUCUGGUGCGUCCACCAUAAAAUUAAAGUUCGGUAACAGAGGUCAAAAUAUACCAUGCACCUCCACAAUUUCAGGUAGGUGUUAUAUCACAUCACAGAAUCACGGAUAUGCUGUGGACGUUGAUACUUUAACUGACGGAUGGAAGCCAUUGUUCGUAAAUGCCAACGAUGAUUCUAAUGAGGGUAUUUACCACACAGAAUUACCAUAUUUCAGUGUUCAAUUCCAUCCCGAGUCUACACCUGGCCCAAGAGACACUGAGUUCCUCUUUGAUGUCUUUAUUAAAUCUGUAUUAGCGCAUAAGAAAACUGGUAUACUAAAACCGGCUGAGUUCCCCGGUGGUAGACUAGAAGAUCAUUUAAAAGCUUUCCCAAGACUGGAACCCAAGAAAGUCUUAAUCUUAGGUUCUGGUGGUUUGUCGAUUGGUCAGGCCGGUGAAUUCGAUUACUCGGGUUCUCAGGCUAUAAAGGCAUUAAAGGAAGAAGGUAGAUACACUAUUUUGAUCAAUCCAAACAUUGCUACAAUUCAAACUUCGAAAGGUCUUGCAGAUAAAGUUUAUUUUCUACCUGUUACUGCAGAGUUUGUGAGAAAAGUAAUUUUGCAUGAGCGUCCUGAUGCUAUAUAUGUCACUUUUGGUGGCCAAACUGCAUUAUCUGUCGGUAUUGAAAUGAAAGAUGAAUUCGAAGCCUUGGGUGUGAAAGUUUUAGGUACACCGAUAGAUACCAUUAUCACCACAGAAGACCGUGAAUUAUUUUCAAAUGCCAUGGAUGAGAUAAACGAAAAAUGUGCAAAAUCUAAGGCAGUCUCCACAGUUUCAGAAGCUGUGGAUGCAGUUAAAGACAUUGGAUUCCCAGUGAUUAUUCGUGCGGCUUAUGCAUUGGGUGGUUUGGGAUCUGGGUUUGCUUCAAAUGAGAAAGAGUUGAUUGACCUAUGUAAUGUUGCAUUUGCUUCAUCACCUCAGGUUUUAGUUGAAAGGUCGAUGAAGGGCUGGAAAGAAGUUGAGUACGAAGUCGUUCGUGAUGCAUUUGAUAACUGUAUUACCGUAUGUAACAUGGAAAACUUUGAUCCGCUGGGUAUACAUACUGGUGAUUCAAUAGUCGUUGCACCAUCACAAACACUAUCCGAUGAAGAUUACAACAUGUUGAGAACAACAGCGCUUAACGUUAUUAGACAUUUAGGUGUUGUUGGUGAAUGUAAUAUUCAGUAUGCAUUGAAUCCAUUUUCUAAGGAUUAUUGUAUUAUCGAGGUUAAUGCUCGUCUCUCUCGUUCCUCAGCAUUAGCUUCUAAAGCGACUGGCUACCCAUUGGCUUAUACUGCCGCUAAAUUGGGUUUGAACAUUCCGUUAAAUGAAGUUAAAAACUCGGUAACUCAGUCUACAUGUGCAUGCUUUGAGCCUUCCUUGGACUACUGUGUAGUUAAAAUGCCAAGAUGGGACUUAAAGAAAUUUACUCGUGUCUCUACUUUAUUGUCAUCUUCCAUGAAAUCUGUUGGUGAAGUAAUGAGUGUUGGUAGAACUUUUGAAGAAGCAAUUCAGAAGGCUAUUAGGUCAACAGAAUAUGCAAAUUUAGGGUUUAACGAAGUCUCUAUAGAUAUGGAUAUCGAUGAAGAGUUGUCAAACCCAUCAGACAUGCGUAUUUUUGCAAUUGCUAAUGCAUUUGCCAAUCUAAAUUACUCUGUUGAGAAGGUAUGGGAACUGACUAAUAUUGAUAAAUGGUUCCUAAAAAAACUUUAUGGAUUAAUUAACUUUGGUAAGAAGAUCGAAUCCUUUGGUUCUAAGGAGUAUUUGCCAUCAUCCAUAUUGAAGCAGGCCAAACAAUUAGGGUUUGAAGAUAGACAAAUUGCUAAAUUUAUUAAUUCUAACGAAGUUGCCAUUCGUAGACUAAGGAAGGAAAGAGGUAUUACUCCAUUUGUGAAGCAGAUUGACACUGUUGCUGCUGAAUUCCCUGCACACACAAACUACUUAUAUUUGACAUAUAGUGCUGCUGAACAUGACGUAUCAUUCAAUGAUCACGGUGUCAUGGUUUUGGGUUCUGGUGUCUACCGUAUUGGCUCCUCUGUUGAAUUCGAUUGGUGUGCAGUUACCGCUGUUAGAACAUUGCGCAAGAAUAAUAUCAAGACUAUCAUGGUCAAUUACAAUCCAGAGACCGUUUCCACAGAUUAUGAUGAAGUUGACAGGUUAUAUUUUGAGAAUAUUAACUUGGAAAGAAUAUUGGAUAUCUAUGAAGCGGAAACCUCAUCAGGUGUCGUGGUUUCUAUGGGUGGUCAAACCUCCAACAAUAUUGCAAUGUCGUUGCAUCGUGAGAAUGUAAAGAUUCUGGGUACCUCACCCGAAAUGAUCGAUUCAGCAGAAAACAGAUAUAAAUUUUCUCGUAUGUUGGAUCAAAUUGGUGUUGAUCAACCUGCUUGGAAAGAGUUAACUUCGAUGGAAGAAGCUGAAGAAUUUGCUGACAAGGUAGGCUACCCAGUCUUGGUUCGCCCAUCCUACGUAUUAUCUGGUGCUGCAAUGAACACUGUUUAUUCGAAGGAUGAUUUGGAAUCAUACUUGAACCAUGCAGUUGAAGUUUCUCGUGACUACCCUGUUGUCAUCACUAAGUACAUUGAAAAUGCUAAGGAGAUUGAAAUGGAUGCUAUUGCUAAGGAUGGUAAUAUGCUCAUGCAUGUAGUUUCCGAACAUGUUGAGAAUGCGGGCGUGCAUUCAGGUGAUGCCACAUUGAUUGUACCCCCACAAGAUUUGGACCCUGAAACUGUGAAGAGAAUUAUUGAUGCCACGGCUAAGAUUGGUAGGGCUCUAAAGAUCACUGGACCAUAUAAUAUUCAGUUUAUUGCAAAAAACAAUGAAAUCAAGGUGAUUGAGUGCAAUGUUAGGGCCUCAAGGUCUUUCCCAUUUAUUUCCAAGGUUGUUGGUGUCAAUUUAAUUGAAAUGGCUACAAAGGUGAUCAUGGGACUCCCAGUCACUCCAUAUCCAGUAGAAAAAUUGCCAGAUGAUUAUGUAGCCAUCAAAGUGCCACAAUUCUCUUUCCCACGCUUAGCUGGUGCUGACCCUGUUCUAGGUGUUGAAAUGGCAUCUACAGGUGAAGUUGCUACUUUUGGUCAUUCCAAAUAUGAAGCCUACUUGAAAUCGCUGAUAUCUACAGGUUUCAAACUUCCAAAGAAAAAUAUUUUGCUCUCUAUUGGGUCUUUUAAAGAGAAGCAGGAAAUGUUACCUUCUGUUAAGAAGCUGUACAAUAUGGGUUAUAAAUUAUUUGCCACAGCUGGUACUGCUGACUUUAUUGUAGAGCAUGGAAUUCCAGUCCAAUAUUUGGCAUUUUUAAAUGAAGGGGAUGAUGAAAAAUCGGAAUAUUCUUUAACCCAGCAUUUGGCCAAUAAUAAGAUUGAUCUGUAUAUUAAUUUACCGUCUGCUAAUAGAUUCCGUCGCCCUGCUUCUUAUGUGUCCAAUGGCUACAGAACUCGUCGAAUGGCAGUUGAUUACUCUGUUCCAUUAAUGACAAAUGUCAAAUGUGCCAAGUUAUUAAUUGAAGCUUUAGCCAGAAAUCUGACCUUAGAGGUAUCCGAAAGAGAUGCUCAAACUUCUCAUAGAACCGUAACUAUUCCGGGCUUAAUUAACAUAGCAUCUUAUGUUCCAAAUAUCUCCAAUGUUGUGAGUGGCCCUGAUGAGUUGAAGGAAGUUACUCGUUUAUCUGUUGAAUCUGGGUUUACAUACUCACAAAUUCUCCCAAAGUCCACAUCUGGACCAUUUAUAACCGAUACUGUUAGCUUGAGAACUGCAAGCUCUAUUUGUGAAAACUCUGCAUAUACCAAUUUUGGAUUUUGCAUUGCUGCAACUGCUCUUAAUUUUGAAGAUGUAGCUACAGCAGCACCUCAAGCCAAUGCUUUGUUCUUACCUAAUAGAGAACUCACUAAUAAAGUUUCUAUUGUUGCUGAGCACUUGAAAAACUGGCCAAUUGAGAAGCAAGUAAUUGCAGAGGCCAAGACUUCAGACCUAGCUUCUGUCAUUUUAUUGGCUUCAUUGCAAAAUAGACCAAUUCAUAUCACAGGCGUUUCUAAUAAAGAGGACUUAUCAUUAAUAAUGACUGUGAAGGAAAAGGAAAAAAAGGUGACAUGCGAUGUAAAUAUUCACUCACUAUUUGUCUCUCAAGAAGACUAUCCUGAAGCAUUGUUUUUGCCAACGAAAGAAGAUCAAGAAUUCUUUUGGAGAAAUUUGGAUGGUAUUGAUAUCUUCAGUAUUGGGUCCUUGCCAACUGCUUUAGCUUCAAUAACUAGCAAUAAGGUGGUGACCGGGUUAGGUAUUAAAGAGGCUCUUCCACUUUUGCUAUCUGCUGUUAAUAAUGGUAGAUUAACAAUUGAUGACAUUAUCGAAAAAUUGCACGACAACCCUGUAAGGAUCUUUAACAUCCCUGACCAAAAUUCAACAGUUGAGCUGGACCUUGAAUUUACUUUCAAGCACACAAAAAGGUGGUCCCCUUACACCAAAGGUGACUUGAAAGGUGGUGUUGAGCGUGUUUUGAUCAAUAAAGAAACGGUGGUUUUAAGUGGUGACUUGAUAGUCAACGAAGCUAAGGGUGAAGUUAUCAUCACCUCAGCAAGUGCCCCUCAAAAAGCUACUAUUAACAACGAGGCUCAACAUGUUCAACCUGUCGCAAUCGGAACUGUCAGCAGAAAAAGGUUUUCGUUCUCUAACGAAAGGCAUAACUCUGUUACAUCUAUGGAUGGCGACUAUGAAGAAUCAUUGGUUGAUCAACCACUAGGGCAGAGAUUGAUGUCGUCCAGACCACCACAGGAUUUAUUCACUUCCAGUGCGUUAUUGCAGUUGAUUCGUGGAAACAAUCCAUUCUUGGGAAGGAAUAUUUUGUCUGUUAACCAAUUCAAGCGUUCUGAUUUCCACGCUUUGUUUGCUGUCGCACAAGAAUUAAGGUCUGCGGUUGAAAGGGAAGGUGUUUUGGACUUAAUGAAGGGCCGUGUGUUGACAACUAUAUUCUAUGAACCAUCGACUAGAACUUCAUCUUCCUUUAUUGCUGCAAUGGAGCGUUUAGGUGGUAGAACUGUUAACAUUAAUACUACUGCUUCUUCUGUGAAAAAGGGAGAGACUCUACAAGAUACAAUUAGAACACUAGCUUGUUAUUCCGAUGCGAUUGUUUUGAGACAUCCAGAUGAAAUGUCUGCUCAUAUUGCCGCCAAGUACUCUCCAGUACCCAUUGUUAAUGGUGGAAAUGGUUCUCGUGAACACCCAACCCAGGCUUUCUUAGAUCUAUUCACAAUUAGAGAGGAGCUAGGUACUGUUAACGGUAUCUCCGUCACCUUUAUGGGUGAUUUGAAAUUUGGUAGACCAGUUCACUCUUUAUGCCGUUUAUUAAAGCACUACCAUGUUAGAAUCAACUUGAUUUCUCCAAAAGAACUGAGAUUACCAAGUGCAUUGCGUAAGGAACUAAGUGAUGCAGGCCUUUUGGGCACUGAGACUGAGGAGAUCAGUCCUGAACUUAUUUCCAAAUCUGAUGUAUUGUAUUGUACCAGAGUCCAGCAAGAAAGGUUUGAUAAUGAGAUAGAUUAUUUACGGUUCAAAGAUGUUUACAUUGUCGACAACAAGAUUUUGGCUCAUGCCAAGCAGCACAUGGUUAUAAUGCACCCGUUACCACGUGUCAGCGAAAUUCGCGAGGAAGUGGAUUAUGAUCAUCGUGCUGCAUACUUUAGACAAAUGAGAUACGGUUUGUUCGUGAGAAUGGCUUUACUUGCGAUGGUCAUGGGUGCUGACAUUUAA